AUGUAUGUACAAGAAUCAAAGUCACCGAAGUGGUGGUUUGUAGCAGCAAUGGCACUCCUGAUUUUUCUCAGGUGUAUAUUACUGGUAUCUUCUGCAAUGCCUUCACUCUAUGUGCUAUGCGAGAAAUUCCCUCAUAUAAAGUUACAUUCAAAAGGAUUUUCACUUACAAAUGUGUGGCCAGCACUAUUCUUCUCACUAUUUUAUUGCUAUGGACAAUUCCCUGUGCUAUAUGAAAGUGGAAAAACUACUAAGCGUCAGCAAGCAAAGGGAACGAUAUCGCAGAGAGGUUAUCAUGGCAGUUCAGACGCUCAUAAAUUCGUUUCUUUUUUACGUGAUGCUCUUCAGCUAUCACUUUGGCGUUUCCGAACAUCAUCAUCCCUUCUUAACUUUUAUGCACACAAAUUUCCUAUGGUGUGUGGUGAUAGCAAGCGGAGGGUACAGCGCGAUACUCAUGAGCAAAGAUCUGCGAGCAGCUCUAUCUCGCCUGAUUUGUCGGACGAAGAGGGCAGCACCAGUGGUAUCAAUGGUAAAAACCUUUGCCUCCCAGAACGACAUCACAGUGGAUAA